AUGUCGACUAUCGAAUUGAUACCGUUAGAAAAAGGAAAUCGACUUCUGCUUGAUGGUACAUCUGUAACAACGAUUGGUCGUACACCCAAUAUCGGUUGUUUGGAUAAAAAAAUCUCUCGUAACCACGCGGAACUACAUGUGAAAUCCGAUGGAACUCUUUGGAUAAAACCGAUUCAUCAAAAUCCGACAUUCUAUAGAACGAAAUCUAACCAAUUAAUUACUUUAACAAAAGACCAAGAAUUCGAAUUGAAUGAUAAUGAUGAAAUUGGUCUAUUGCCUAAUGAAUACUUCUAUCGCAUUUCAAUCAAAUCAAACGAGCAAGAGCAAGUUAAGGAACCCUCGGUGACACCUAAAUCGCCAGCUCAAGAGAAAGAGCCUUCUCCGCCGAAAAGUAAUCCCAAAGAAAAAUCUCCUGUCAAAGGUCCAAGCGUAGAACCUGAAGGUGGAAUUAUUCUGCACACAACUCGUGCAUUACCCGCAUGGAUGGCCAAUGGUACAACACCAGAACGAAAGAGUGCUAAAGUACCAGGUAAAAAUACAAAGACACCAACGCCCACGGCAACCACACCGUCACCCUCGAAACAUCGAACGUAUAUUGGACGAAAGAAAGCGGAAGGAGUUGUGUAUGAUGAUCAUGAUGAGGAUGACGACGAGGAACCGUCAAAUAACACAGCAACAAAGCCUCGAAAAAACCCAAUCCACCGGAAGGAAGCCAUUCAUCCUGGUGAUCCUGACUGGAAUGACAAAGAAAAUGAUACUGACGAUACCAAACCAGAAUGUCCCUACGGAAGCGAUUGCUAUCGAAAAAAUCCUGAUCAUUUUAAUGAAUAUAGUCAUACGAAAAAGCGAUCAUCUAUGACUAAUUCCAACCAACGUGCACCGAAAAGAAAAGCUAAAGACGACGACGACGACGAUGAAGAUGAUGACGACGGGUUACCCAAUGAAUAUGAUUAUAAUGAUAGUUUUAUCGACGAUGAAGAUCUGGAGGAUAGUGCACUGGUUGAUCGAGCAGGUGAUUCUCAGGGCGCUCCUGACAACGACUGGAAACCACAUAGAAAAGCUCGACAUUCAGAUCAUGAUGACGAGGAUGUCUCUACCGAUGCAAGUGAGAUUGAUUUAUUAAAGGAAGAGGCUGCUGAAUUCGUACAAGGCACAUCCAUCAACAACUCACGUUCAGCCAAAAAGAAAGCACGUGUACAUAUGCCCAAAGAUAACGAUGAUGAUGAUGGUAGCGAUUAA